AUGACAACACAACGACGAUGGUCAAUCUUGAUUUUUGUUCUAUGCGGGCUACAGCGUAUUUCUCAAGCGCAGCCUUCUAAAGGUACCAGAAAGCUUCCACCACUGAGGCACAGUAUAUUCGAGACACGAUCUUGGGGCUCCUCUGAAACGGGGAAGGGGGAAGGGAAGUCCAAGAGCAGUAAACGAAGCUCUCAGACAUCCCAUCCGAAAACACAAGGUACGCGCCCUAAAAAUUGCGAUUUGCCAUGUUCCUUUUUAAAUGGAUUUCCAAUUCACUUUCCCCCCUUGAAUUGCAGCAUCGUCAAAAACGGGAAAGGGAAAAGAUGGCAGAAGCUCGAAAAAGUCGAAGAGUUCGAAGUCGAAGAAAUCAAGCAAAACAUCAUUGAAAACGUCGACGCCAACUGCGUUUCUCCAACACAGGUCGCCGAGACUGAGACGCCCACUCUACUCCCCACGUUUGUACCCAUGUCUUUAGAGGCAACUGACCAGCCAACUGUUGCUGAAACAACAGCACCGACCGCCGCUGGACCAAUCGUUGUAACGGUUAUCCCUACUAUAUCCCAAACUCGGCCGCCAGCUACAAAUGAGGUCGAGCCAACACUAAGUCCGCACCUUGAUACAAGCUCCCCUACUGCUCUCCUGGCACCAAACCGAGAGACAUCAACACCUACAAUACGUUCUACGACAACACAAACACCCACCGGCAUAGGAGAGGAAACAGCGACACCGACCAUAAAUUUUAGUGCGACACAAGCACCAAGCACCACAACAGUCGACACACCAUCACCGACGGUAGAUUCUAUUGCAACACAAGUACCAACCACCAUGACAGUGGACUCCACUUUGCCAACCUCAGGACCAUCUACCAGAGCGCCAUCAGCAGCCACUGAUACCGAAGCUUCGCCCUUCGUUAUUACGUACCAAACAAGCGAUAGUAGGGAACCAACACCGGAGGAGUUCGAUCAAGCUCAAGCGGUCACCCUUCAAUAUCUUGAAGACUUUUUAGUGGGGGAAUACGAGUUCAACUUGAUCACAGCGCUCAACGACGUUUUGGGAUUGGCUCUUUCAGAGUCAACAGAUCCUUUGGCUGUAGCGUAUGCAACCACACUACUGUUUUCGUCAGAAUCAGGAUUUAUUCCAUCUCAGGAAGAUAUAGAUGUGCAGGUUUUUACCGCAUUUCAAGAACAGGCUGUUUUUGAUCUCGUAGCAGCACUUCAAGGCCUGCCUCCUGAAAAUCCCUUCUCAUCGACUACAAGCGUCCAGUUCACUUCUUUUGUGAUCGAAGUAGUGCAAGCAUCUGAGACAUCCUCAGGAAGUACGGUGGCUUUCGGAGCUCUUAUUGGGAUGAUCUUGUUCAUUUUUGGUUUGCUCGCGUCUCGUGUUGUGUAUCGGAAGCCAUCGUACAUCUCUGUUGACAACGACAUCCCCCAUAGGGUAAUAAUUCCUGGACAAAGCAACAUCAUGGCAUUCAUGGACUGUGAAAGUGAAGCAUCUUCUCGCAGAACUUCAGCGAAUUGA